UCACUGAAAAGGACCAAAAGGUAGUCCUUCUUCUUCCCACCCACAUCGUCACCUUUGACUCUCUUUCAAGCUUCUCUGUGUGUGUGAUCUCUGUUGGUCAACAACAACUACAACAGAGAUGGAUCAUCAAUAUGGAUAUGGUGUUGAAGUUACUGGGUUAUCUCCAUCUGUUACUCAGAAUGAUCUUAUCGAUUUCUUCUCUUUCUCUGGUGCAAUCCAAGAUAUUGAUAUUGUCAGGUCGGGUGAGCAAGCUUGCACUGCUUAUGUGAUGUUUAAGGAUUCUUAUUCUCAAGAAACUGCUGUUUUACUCAGUGGCGCAACGAUAUUGGAUCAGCGUGUUUGUAUAACUCGUUGGGGACAGCAUCACGAAGAGUUCGAUUUCUGGAAUGCGACUUCGCAAGGUUCUGAAGAUGAAUCUAACUCACAUCCUUAUGGUCAACGAGGCGAGUUCAACGCUGGGGAAGCAGUGACAAAAGCUCAAGAAGUGGUGAAAACCAUGCUUGCCACAGGAUUCGUGCUAGGCAAAGACGCUUUAAGCAAAGCUAAAGCCUUUGAUGAAUCUCACGGAGUGUCAGCUGCGGCUGUAGCUAAAGUAUCCCAAUUAGAGCAGAGGAUUGGUCUCACUGACAAAAUCUUUACCGGACUUGAAGCUGUCAGAAUGACUGACCAAAGGUACCAUGUUUCAGACACGGCUAAAUCAGCCGUCUUUGCUACAGGAAGAACCGCAGCAGCUGCUGCAACUAGUGUUGUCAAUAGCAAUUACUUCUCCAGCGGAGCUCUUUGGCUGUCCGGUGCAUUAGAACGAGCUGCUAAAGCUGCAUCUGAUCUCGGUACCCGCGGCUCAAGGCAGUGAAUAGACCAACGACCUGAUUCAGAACCGUAUUCGUCUGUGAAUAUAUAUGAUGCAAAGCUGACCAUGAAUAACUACUGCCUCAUGAAGUAGGUGUGAUAAGACCAAAUUUUUUCAAAACGAAUACGAUAAAGAAAUCUAUCUAUAAACAAAGCUGAUCUAAACUUGGUUACAUUAA